CGCACUCCAGGCAGCCAGUCAACCCAUGAGAGGGCGGCCUGGACACAAGACAGGCCCACCAGCGUCGCCCACGGGAGCUCUGUGCUCCAACACCAGUUUUCCAACACUCCACGAAAAGGUUCAAACAUGAAGAGCCACCGCCACUUUAAAAGGAGGGAUUUCUGCUGAAAAGACGUUCUCCUGUGGUGUACAUUUCUGCUGCUAUGGACACAAGUAGCUGGAACGGAGACAGCCAGACAUACAAGGAUCAUCUCUACUCAGGCAGCAGAUAAAUAGAGGGUGAGGCUCGGGGUCUUCACUCAGCUUCUGGGAGCGGAGACAGCAGGACCUGCGAGGGACACCUCUACUCGGGCAGCGGGCUGAGUUUGAAAAAAAUCCAGGAUUGACAUCACAGGAAAACUCUGAGCCCUGUUGAUCCAGAACGCCCAAAUAUACCUGCUGGCUAGGAUUUACGAAGAUGGCAUACUCCAUCCAAUGGGCACGUUACAGAUGGCAGAGAUUGCUAUCUACAGAUGGGAGGAGUAAUAGAUACACUUUAUCAUCAGCCCCUGGAUGGUUCAAAACUUCCCAGCCACAAAAAACUGGAUGCAAACAUCGAUUAGUAAUUCCCUGCCUUGGUGGAUUCACUGAAGAAUAUGAAAAGGUUUUCAAAAAUUAUAUGACCAAUAGGAUUCAAACAACGAAGUAUACCUUGCUGAACUUCAUUCCAAGAAAUCUGUUUGAACAGUUUCACAGGGCUGCAAACCUUUACUUCCUGUUUAUAGUUGUUCUAAACUGGGUCCCAUUAGUGGAAGCAUUUCAAAAGGAGAUAACCAUGUUGCCAUUGGUCGUGGUUCUUGCAAUUAUUGCAAUUAAGGAUGGGAUUGAAGAUUACCGCCGCUAUAAAUUUGACAAACAAAUAAACAACCGAACAACUAAAGUAUAUGACAAACACCACAAAAGAUACCUUGCGAAAUGGUGGAAGGAAGUUCAUGUUGGUGAUUUCAUCCAAUUAUCUUGCAAUGAGAUCAUCCCUGCAGAUUUGGUGCUACUGUACUCUACUGAUGUUGAUGGUAUCUGCCACAUUGAAACCUCCAAUUUGGAUGGGGAGACCAACCUGAAGCAGAGGCAGGUUGUUAAGGGAUUCACAGAACUGGAUUCCCAAGCUGAUCCUGAGAGGUUCACGAGCAGAAUUGAAUGUGAAGGUCCGAACAAUGAUCUAAACAAGUUCAAAGGAUAUAUGGUACAUCAGAAUAAAGAGCGGGUUGGUCUCAGUAAAGAAAAUCUUCUGCUUCGAGGUUGCACCAUUAGGAACACUGAGGCUGUUGUUGGAAUUGUUGUUUAUGCAGGACAUGAAACCAAAGCAAUGAUGAAUAACAGUGGCCCUCGCUACAAGCGCAGCAAAUUAGAAAGGCAGCUUAAUACAGAUGUUCUGUGGUGUGUGGUCCUACUAUUGGUGAUGUGCCUGAUUGGAGCAUUUGGUCAUGGGAUUUGGCUAAGCGGCUAUUUGCAGUUCCCUAUUUUCAAUGUCCCACAGCCAGAUGGAGAACAUACUCCUCCAGUUUUGGCAGCAUUCUACAUGUUCUGGACCAUGAUCAUUUUACUACAGGUAUUGAUCCCAAUUUCCUUGUAUGUGUCCAUUGAAAUUGUCAAGUUGGGCCAAGUACUCCUCCUCCAGAGUGACAUUGACUUGUAUGAUGAAAAUACAGAUUCAACAAUACAGUGCCGGGCUUUGAACAUCACUGAAGACCUGGGACAGAUUGAAUAUCUCUUCUCAGAUAAAACUGGAACACUCACUGAGAACAAAAUGGUUUUCUGCAGGUGCAACAUUGCUGGGGUAGAGUAUUUCCAUGAAGAAAAUGCAAAAAGGCUGGAGUUCUUUCAGGAUUUUAUUUCUGAAGAUUUAUCUAACAUUUCUGCGGAAUCCGUUUGUAAGUGGCACCAUUCGAAUAGCUGCAGAUCCCUACCUGUACUGGGGAGCCAUAGCUCAUUGAAUUGCUUAACUGCUAAUCGCUCAAUAUCGAGGAAGGAAGAUGUAUAUGAAGAUGAACAUGAAAAAAUUACACACUCUUGUCAUGUGGCGUUCAGCAGCUCAAUUGAGAGAGAUGUUGCACCAGACUCUCAGCUUCUAAGGAAAUUAGAACAAAUCACAUCUCAGCCACUGGACUUGUUGGAUAGCACAGAAAACGGGCUCUCCCUGGAGUACACAUACAUUGUUGACUUCUUCCUUGCCUUAGCCAUCUGUAAUACUGUCGUGGUGUCAUCGAUUAAUCAGCCAAGGCAGCGGGUACGAAUACCAUCAGUCAGCAAUACUCGAAUGAAGGCCCUGGAAGAUAUAAAGCAGAUGUUUCAUAGAUUUUCGGUGCCUCAUAUGAGUGCUUACUCGUUCUCAAGUGGAAAAGAUUUACCUACAGAAAGUCCAAAUACUUUUGCUAACAGACUGUUAAAUAGAGUGAAGCCGGCUUCACCCAGUGUACUCGAGGAACAAAUCGAAGCAGCUGCUGGAUUAACUAAGGAGAUCAAAGCCAUUGGGGGCCAUUCUCCAGCUGAGGAAAGUGUUCAAAAUGUGUCAGAAGAGCUUGACGAAACUGCAGACAUUUCACCUGCAGGCCAGGACAGAUCUGUAGAAGAAUUGCGUUAUGAAGCUGAAAGCCCAGAUGAAGCUGCAUUGGUACAUGCAGCUCGGGCCUAUAAGUGCACUUUAUUAUCUAAGACAUCUAAUCACAUCACUGUGGAGCUUAACAAAGUAGGACCAUUACAUUUUCAACUCUUGCAUAUAUUACCAUUUGACUCAGUUCGAAAGAGGAUGUCUGUGGUAGUCCGACAUCCACUGACUAACAAGGUAGUUGUUUAUACAAAAGGUGCCGAUUCAGUUAUGAUGGAUCUUUUGGAUACUUCCACUAAAGUGGAGAAAGAGAACAAAAUACCAGCUGUAUAUGGCAAGCCAAAAAUAAGCCAAGGCCAUAGGGAACUGAAGGGAAUUCAGGAAAGGACCCAGAAUUAUUUAGAUGAUUAUGCCAAAGAGGGUCUCCGCACGCUAUGCAUUGCUAAAAAGGUGAUGAAUGAUGCUGAGUAUUCAGAGUGGCUAAAAUUCCAUCUUUUGGCGGAGACAAGUAUUGAUAACCAAGAGGAGCUCCUACUUGAAUCAGCUCUUAAGCUGGAAACUGAGCUAACACUGCUUGGUGCUACGGGCAUUGUCGAUCGCUUACAGAAGGGUGUUGCAGACACUAUCAUGGCACUUCGAAAGGCAAAGAUAAAGAUUUGGGUCUUAACAGGUGACAAACAAGAAACCGCUGUUAACAUUGCUUAUGCCUGUAAGCUCCUGGAGAAGGAGGACAGCAUUUUCACUCUUAACGCACAUAACAAGGAAGCAUGUGAAGACUUGAUUAAUAAAAUUAUAGCUGAAAUCACAGAACAGACCACUGCUCGAGGGAGCCCUUGUGAUGUCAGCGUUCUUCCUACCUCUUUAUCUGGUGGGGCCAAGCCUCAUAUUGGUCUGGUUAUUGAUGGAAAAACUCUAGAAUUUGUGCUGCAUGAAAGUCUGCAAGAUAUAUUUCUGGAACUUACUAAACAAUGCCGUGCAGUUAUAUGCUGCAGAUCGACACCAUUGCAGAAGAGCAAGAUCGUCCAUUUAGUGCGCGAUAAGCUGAAAGUCAUGACUCUAGCAAUAGGUGAUGGUGCCAAUGAUGUUAGUAUGAUUCAGGUGGCGGAUGUUGGAAUAGGAAUUUCUGGUCAGGAAGGGAUGCAGGCAGUAAUGUCCAGUGACUUUGCGAUUUCUCGAUUUAAGCAUUUAAAGAAAUUGCUGCUUGUUCACGGCCACUGGUGCUACACCCGGCUUGCCAAUAUGAUACUUUAUUUCUUCUAUAAGAAUGUGGCUUAUGUGAAUCUCCUGUUCUGGUACCAGUUGUUCUGUGGAUUCUCUGGUACAUCGAUGAUUGAUUAUUGGAUUCUCAUCUUCUUCAACCUCAUCUUCACAUCUGUUCCACCAAUUAUCUAUGGCAUCCUGGAUAAAGAUGUUUCUGCAGAGACUCUCCUCCAACUACCAGAACUUUACAGUAGUGGACAACGUUCUCAGGCCUACUUAUCAUCAACAUUUUGGAUCAGCAUAUUGGAUGCCUUUUAUCAAAGUCUCGUCUGCUUCUUUGUUCCAUAUUUUACUUACUUUGGCUCAGAUGUGGAUAUCUACUCAUUCGGAACACCUGUCAAUACUGCAAUACUGUGUGUAAUUCUUUUACACUUAAUGAUAGAAGGCAACACUUGGACUUGGAUUCAUUGGGUUGUAAUGGCAGGAAGUACUUUAUUUUACUUUGUGUUUGCACUGGCUUUUGGAGGAACUUGUAUAAACUGCAACCCUCCAUCAAAUCCAUAUUGGAUCAUGGAGCAACAAAUGUCAGAUCCACUCUUCUACCUGGUCUGUAUCCUCGCUACAGUGAUAGCUUUGCUCCCCAGGUACAUCUAUCGCAUAUUCCAGGGAACAGUAUUCCCAUAUCCACUGCUAAAGGCUCGCCAGCUGGAUAAGCUCAGUGCUGAGGAACGUAAGAGGACAAUCCAGGAGUGGAACGACACCCAACCAGUCUGUGAGGAACCUACUGUGGAUGUCCUCAACACCACCAGCUCUGUAGAUAACAUAAUUGUUUCAAGAAAAAAUUGUUCAGAGCAGGCCACUUUUUUAUCAGAGGACACAAGAGUAGCCUAUUUAGUAGCUAAACCAGCAAAAGGAGAAGCUGCCCUUACUGUGAUUCCACUGAAUGAAAUGCAAUCAGAAAAUGUCCAGAGAAACGCUGUUUUAUUUAAACCAGGAAUGGUUGGGAACUCUGACUUGGUGCAAGAGUCACACACACAAAAUGUUACCACUGACAGUAUGCAUUCAAAAGGGGACAAUCAAGGAGCUGCUUCACGAUCUAAGAACAAAAAUACCUCUUCUUCCGUCUGGGGUGAGACUGCUAGGUUACCGGAAUUCCCUCCAGCAGAGUGCUAGCACUGCUCAAUCUAUAAGGAGCUACUUGCUAGAUAACGAUAAAAGUUAAUUUUUACUUAACUGUCUAGGGAUGAAGAAGUAAUUUCUUUUGACCAGUAUUGCUGUCCAACUUUUUGUUACAGACCACAAUCUGAACCACUGCCUUGCUGAAGAGCUGCUAUCUAUAAUUCUAAAAUAGGCUUUGCCAUGGAAUACUGACUUAUAAGUUGGUGUCCUUCAUUCCAUGUGGAAUGAACUCUGAUGUCAAUCAUACCUCUGUGUGCAGUUGCCACGUGGAGUGUACCAUUUUCCCCACAGGACACACAGCACUUCCUUGUUGGCCUUUGCUGGAGAAUAAGGCAAAGAGGGAAUGUAGCACUGAAUCCCUGCUUGCUCCACAGUCAGGCAGCAAUCCAGGAGGAAAAAUGAAAUUAGGCCAGUCAUAAUGGCUUCCUGGACUGAAUUAUCAUGCUGCCGUAACCUGUUCAUUUUCUUUGGAACCAGAUAGUGUUUAUGUAUCAUGCCCUGAUCUGUUAAAAUAGCAUUAUUUUCAAAGCUGAACCAGGACUAUUUAAUGAAUCCAACAGAAUACAAAUGAUGGCCCUUUUUAAGCUGGGCAUGUGCCAAACGUUUGUGAUGUUCAGAUGUGAAAACAGGAUCUAAUCUGAAAUAUCAACUUAGAAUACAGAUUGUCAUUAUGGCUUGGAAUUUCAUGAAAUGUGUGCUGUAAGUUCAGCAUUGUACAAAUUUCAGCACAAAAGAUCAAAGAAUUUCAAACGUAAGUGACUCAUUUCAAUUUUUAAUGCUACGCCCAAAUUUCCUCUAUUCAUGCCAUUUCUGCCAAACCUCUGUCACUCAUUAAAGCAUUAAUCACCAUAUAAUGUUUUUCACCAUUCUGAACAAACCUUUAAUUUACACCUAAACAUUGCUGCAGAAGGAAUUCUUUGGAACUCUUCCAAAGAAGAGUCAUGUUAGACUCGAAACAUUAAAUCUGUUUCUCUACACAGAUACUGCAAGACCUGCUGAGAUUUUCCUUCAAAUUCUGUUUUCAUUUCUGAUUUCCAGCAUCCAUAGUAUUUUGUUUUUAUAAUGUUAAUACAGAAGCCUCUCAAUGCAACACUGAUCAUGUCACAAUUAUUGGUUAUCACAGAUUGCUCAUUAAUAAAAAGAAUAUGCUUUCUAAAACUUAACUUAUUCAACUGCUCCCAAGAAUGCUGGAUUAGAGGAGUGCCUGUCUGUCAGCUGAACUACCUGACAGUGUUUUUGUUGUAUGAUGUAUUGAUGUUUGCAAGCUGUUCCUUGUUUUAAUAAUUAACACACAAUGUAUAAUGCCAAAGUGUUCAACAUUGAUGAAUACAGCUUUACAAAUACUUGGUUUUUUUCCCUAAAUUCUGCAUUGUUUGUAUUUAUCCUCAUGGAAACUAAAGACACUGACUAUUCACAUAGGUGAUAAGAAAAUGAUCAUGCUUGAUUCCACUACUCAGCAGUACUACAAAACAAAUAUUUUUGAUAGACAAACCAUAUAAAAUAUAUAUUGUACCACUUGCCCUGACAUCGAUUUUUGUGGGAUCCCCAAAACCAGCUGCAGGAACCCCCUCUUAUUGUUUCUGUACUCUCCUUCAUAAUAUGUGCUCUCUUCCUUUUCUACAAAACCAAAUGUUCUAUUGAGUUAGAUCUAGUUGCAAUGUAUGUUUAAAACUGAUUAAGUAGAAGCAGUUAGCUCCAAGUCACAUUUUAUAUUGUUGAUCCAAUAGUACUGGUAUAGGUGCUAAUUGUUUUCAAGCUGCAUCAGAGCAUUUUAUUGAUGUAUCAAGCAUACAUGUAAUCAAAGUGGUGUGUUUUUAAAAAAAAUAGUAUUAUAGCAGUGAGCUUGACAACACUUAGAUGCUUUCUAAAUGUGAGUAGCCACCUGUGGUAGCCAUGCAUUGUGCUUUGACCAGGGAUUUUCUUCCCAUGCUGAUUAUGGGGGCAUGAUAUUUAUUCUGCGGUUUACUCAGGGUGGAAAUUUUAUAUAAUUCUGUACUUUGUUGGAAUAAUUAGGCUGCACUGAUCUGAUUAAAAAUUUCCCAAUAAUAUUUACCACUUAGGUUUUCUGUGACACAUGUAUAAAAGGGGUAGUCAUCAACUUCUCAUUCUCCUGAGUCAGCUUGUUGAGAUAUUCUUCCCUUUCCAUUUGUAUGGUGUUCUUUGUACUCCAUAAAGAGCAAAGCAUUCCUCCAUUAUAUCUGACUCCCCUGUGAACCAUUUACAAAAAUGUUUCAGUUGUUAUUUCAAAUCUUUAUUUUUGUCCACCGACUUUGCUAAUUGAUGCAGUGAACUUUUACCAUUGAAAUUCAAGAAUCAUUCAUUAGUGAUGAUUUGCUUAUCACUUUGAACAGGGUAUUUUAUAAGGUCGAAUUAUACUGUUUUUAUAGAAUGUCAACAUUUUCCAAAGCUUUGUCAAUUCCAAUAUUCAUAUUGCUAUUUUUUUGGACAUUAUUUUCUUAGGUCAAUUAUUGACAUGUGGAAUUGACCUUACUGGAUGGUUAUCUACAUUAAAGCAAUAUUUUUUUAAAACAAA